CGCUGUAUGUGCAUGAAGAAUGAGCCUCCUGCAUCUCAGCUCAUCUGUGUGUUUUUACCCUCAUGAUGGCGAGACUGAGCGAACACGGGAUCCGGCUGAGCUCUAUGAGCCCGUCGUACCUGGAGAGCAACUCCACCAGCCACACAUGGCCCUUCAGCGCGGUUGCAGAACUUAUUGAUAAUGCAUCUGACCCGGGCGUCACCGCCAAGAACAUCUGGAUUGAUGUUGUGACAGUCAGAGAUCAACUGUGCCUCAGUUUCAUGGACAAUGGUAGUGGUAUGACGCCCAGCAAACUGCACAAAAUGCUCAGUUUCGGCUUCACAGAGAAAGGCUCCAGUAAAAGCAGUCAUCAGCCCAUCGGUGUGUAUGGGAAUGGGUUUAAGUCUGGGUCGAUGCGGUUGGGUCGAGACGCUCUGAUCUUCACCAAGAACGGCGGCUGUCAGAGCGUCGGCAUGCUGUCACAAAGCUUCCUACAGGCUAUUAAAGCCCAGGCUGUGAUCGUACCCAUCGCCCCCUUCAACCAGCAGACCAAUAUCCUUCCGAUGCUAACUCAUAUUGAGAUCUUUUCUGUUUGUUUAAAGAUGCAUGCAUUUGUUUAG